UGUGUGGGGCUUGUGUGUGAAUGCUGUAUGGUUGUCGGUGUGGCCUUUGUUCGUGUGUCUCCGCUGUGUAUGUGUAGUUGAUGCAUGUGUAGGAAGUAGUUGUAGAUGAGUGGAGAAGGCGCGAGGCGAAGGUCUCUCGGUCGACCCACCGCCACUGGACGUUGCGAUGACAUCAACAAGCCAAAGUCUGAUGGUUGCCGCCAUGGCGAUCGCGUGACGCACCAUUACUCGAGGGGUUUAAGGUUUAGCGAAUUUGCUGGGCAUGUCAGAAACCCAGCGAAAGACGUCUGGGGGUGGUGCUGUGUGGCAGACCGCAGUGUUGCGUGCAUGCGUGUGCUUGAGCUAUAUUUUCUGUCCAUGAUGACAUCAGAAGGCCUCUUUGAGGGCGGAUGUGUGCGUGUCGCACGCUGCUCCAUGUUGAAAUUUCUUCGAAGGUAUAUAUGUUUUUUGAGCCAGCUUGCUCGCCGAGCACCCACAUUGCGCCAACAUCCCCCGCACCAAACGAUGGAAUCAAACGAUGAUUAUUUUGAGAAGGCCUGACUUCCCAUGAAGCACUCACACUUGAGAUAUGAGUUUAUCGUGUGUAUCUAUCUCUACGUCAUAUGUGUCUUACCGCGACGGCCGUACUACCAACCAUUGAAGCCAUCAUCACCAAGUAGAUCAAUCGGUUGCCGGAAGAGUCAAGUCAUGCGUUCAAUGUAAGUGUCCUUCCGCGCUGCAUCCUCAUACUGAUAGACAUCCUUUGUCCGUGGUAGCAAGUCGUCAAUUUCUGUACGACUACUUAUUGGGUUAUGAUGUGACACCGUGUGUCGGACACAUCCAGUUGACUACUCGAGCCGUCACCAAGUCGACCUUCGAUGUGUUAGUAUUUACUACUAGUACAUACUAACCCGUUCAAAAAAUUGCCAUGUAAACAUGAUGGUUGGUUGGUAGUGAGUGUACUACGAGCUUUAGGUGGUCAAAGUGUUGAGAUCAAGAGUUGAGAGGGCCAACUAACUGUUCUAACUGUUGAUGGAAUCGUAGCAUUGUCUAGCACCGAGAGUACAAGCAACUAACUGUAAAUAUACACAGCUCAAUUUAACACGUA